GCCCGGGCGCUGAUUGGCCCAACUCUCACCCACGUGUGCGCGAUGAGCCAAUAGGAUCAGGAACAAUAAGGCAGCUCCCAGUGCGCUCUACGCAAUCCGAAUCGUUUUUUUCUGUUUGUUUGCGAGCGGGCACGAUUUUUGUGGUUGCGCUUGUCCUUCACGUGGGAGUGAGUCGGCCUCUGAACAAUGGGUUUCUACACGUGCGGUCCCAAUGAGGCAAUGGUGGUGUCUGGCUGUGGCCGUUCCCCUCCCAUCACCAUUACAGGUGGCCGAGUUUUCGUUUGGCCAAUCAUCCAGCAAUUGCAAAGGAUUUCUCUCAACACCAUGACUCUGAAUGUGAGGAGCGAGAAAGUUUACACGCGACAGGGCGUUCCCAUCUCGGUAACGGGAAUAGCGCAGGUGAAGAUACAAGGACAAAACAAGGAUAUGUUAGCAGCUGCUUGCCAGAUGUUUCUGGGGAAAGGGGACGAGGAGAUAAGCCAGAUCGCUUUGGAGACACUGGAAGGACACCAGCGUGCAAUCAUGGGCAACAUGACCGUGGAGGAAAUCUACAAGGAUCGUAAGAAGUUUUCCCAGGAGGUAUUCCGCGUGGCUUCUUCUGAUCUCCUCAACAUGGGCAUCAGCGUGGUGAGCUACACUCUCAAGGAUGUCCGUGAUGAUGAGGACUACCUCAAGUCACUGGGCAAAGCACGUACAGCCCAGGUGCAGCGAGACGCACGCAUCGGAGAGGCAGAAAUGAAGCGAGAUGCCGGCAUCAAGGAAGCCAUGGCAGUGGAGCAGAAAGUGGCUGCACAGUACCUGAACGAGAUUGAAAUCGCCAAAGCUCAGCUCGAAUUCGAGCUGAAGACGGCUGCCUAUGACAUGGAAGUCAAUACCCAAAAGGCACAGGCGGACCUUGCUUAUCAGCUGCAGGUGGCAAAGACCAAGCAGAAGAUCGAAGAGGAGAAAAUGCAGAUCCUGGUGGUGGAGCGCACCCAGCAGAUCCUGGUGCAGGAGCAGGAGAUCCUGAGACGCGAGAAGGAAUUGGAUGCCAAGAUCAAGAAACCGGCUGAGGCGGAGAAGUAUCGUUUGGAGAAAUUGGCUGAGGCGGGAAGAGCUCGUGUGAUAAUGGAAGCGGAAGCAGAGGCUGAGUCCAUAAAGAUCAAGGGGGAGGCAGAGGCGUAUGCCAUUGAGGCCAAGGCCAAGGCUGAGGCAGAGCAGAUGUUGCAGAAGGCCCAGGCCUUCAAGGACUAUGAAGAGGCUGCCAUGGUGGACCUGCUGCUGGAGACAUUGCCUAAGAUUGCCACAGAGGUGAGCCAGCCACUGAGCAAGGCAAGGAAGGUGACGAUGAUUUCCAGCGGUGGUGGGGAGGUGGGAGCCUCAAAGCUGACGAGCGAGGUGCUGGACAUCAUGAGCAAGCUGCCCGAGAGCGUGGAGAGACUGACCGGCGUAAAAAUCUCGCAGAUUGCAAGAAUUAAGUGAGCGGAACUUUAUCAAAAAGAAGUCCUAUAACCUGCUUGUUCUACAGCACUGUUACCUCUCAUAGCUUUUAUGGUCAUCAUUAUUGGUGUGCAGAAGCCAGAUUUGUGGUUUUUGAAAGUGAGGGAAAAAAUCCAGAAAACACGGUCAUAAAACAUAACUGCCGACUAUUUGAUUGUUAUGUUUUAACGUGGCAUUUAUCAACUGUGCAGCUAGUUGGAUAAUUAUAAUUACACCCACGAUUUCUCAGAAAGGCUUUUAUAACCUUUUACAAUUUAUAAUUGCAGAGCCCUAACAAAAUGUGUAAUGUGCUUUUUUAUAUUGAAGCUUUGCCAGGAGGAAAGUAGCAAAUGGCAGAUGAAAUCGUAUUGUGCUUUGUUGAUUUUGAAGUGGUGCAGUAUGCAUUGACAUUGUUUUAGAAAUCGCCUAUAUUUCAUCACUAGAUAGUGCUAAGGCAGUAUGCGCUUUGUGAUCCUUGGUUAUGGAAUGCGCAUUAUAAAUGUGAAUUAUUACUGCUAAAAGGUCAUUUAAUAAUCCUACAUUUUCAGCCAAAUUAAUGUGGUGAUAGGUGGCUUCAUUCUCCUUUUCAACGCCAUUUUGUCUCGCUACAUUAAUCAAAUGACUUGUUGCAUUGAUUGUUUUUGCUAGGUGAAUGAGGACAAUAUAGAAUUCAAUUGGUGCUCUUUCAGGAAAUUGGCGCUAUGUUAAGAAAUCUGUUUCUCGCAUCCAUUUCAGACUUGCCCUUCCGACAUUCUCGCCAUCAUUGUGUGGCUUUAUUUGGUCACUGGAGGGCGCCCGUGAUGCUUAAGAAAUUACACAAGCGUGAAAAAGAGAGUAAUAAACAGUAACGCUAGCCAUUUCCCUCGUCAUAAAUUGGAAUCGAGUUUAGCUCUGGUGCGUGACCGAAUAAGUAUUAUUGGUUUUGUAAAAAAAAAAUGUACUUCAUAUUUUAAAAAAGAAGGUCUUAAGAUGGCAUUUUCUGCGUGUUUUGUGUUUCUGUUCCCCUUGGCUGCUGUUUUAAUGGCUUGCAGAGGUUUUUUUUAAUUGGGUGAUCGGGAAACCUAUGUCCAGGUGGUGUAAUAUGUCGUAACAGCUGAAUGAUCUAGCGUUGAGGGAGGUAAUUGCAGUGUGUGGUGGCAUCAAUUGAAUUGUGCAUAAUGACCUUUUUACCUUCAUUUGGAAAUGUCAGUCAAUUCAA